AUGCAUCUCAUGGAGAUCCAGCGCCAGCAAAGCCUCCACAGGCCACAUCCGAAGAAGCUAGCAAUCUUCAUGCGGCACUUCCACUGGGCGAUUGGGGGCCGAGUUACGCUGACAGAGAACAUUUGGAUCGAGCGUGGUUUGGUCGAUGGUGCCCUGAGCACGGUGAGAGACAUUUUCUGGAAACCUGGUGCCAAUUGGCAAGCAAAGGAGCCCCCAAUCGCCAUCCUCGUGUGUUUUGACCACUACAAUGGGCCAGCCGUCGCCUGCGUCAAUGGAGAGAUCUUGACGCCCAUCUUUCGUUCCAGGCACGAGUUCUACCGCGGUGCCGCCAUGUGA